AUGUCUUUCACCUUGGGGCUUACUUCAGAGGCUGGGAUUGGGGCAAAUGAGAAAUCGAAUUGGGUUGGGCCAUCAGAUGCCGCGGGCCCAUCUGCAUUGGGGGAGGGGGCGUUAGAUGGUGAUGGGCCGGGCCCGUUGGAUACCACAGGCCCGUCUAUGUCUGAAUCUGCGUUUGGAUCUGGGGAGAUGGGUUUGGAGGAGUGGGAUGGAGAAUGGGCAAUAGAUGGAAAUGGGCCGGGCCCGGAGGAAGGGGAUGGGGCGAGGUCUUCGGGCCGGGCGAGAUGGAGGAAUAGGAGGAAAGAGAGGGAGAGGAAGAGUAGCCUUGGGUUGAUAUGA